GAGUGAGAGGUCCCAUAAGGAGGCACUCUGCGCUGGAUGAGGAAACUGAGGCUCCGCAGCCACGUGAAGGAGUUUGCUGAAAGAGCGUGCAGGAAAAGCUGUGUGAUCGGACUUCGACCGCAGUGGCCGGGCAAGCCGCUUUCUACACUUUUCUCGCUCUUUCAGGAGCGAGUCCCCCACUUGUCCAGACAGCAGCCAGGCUUGUCACAGGCUCGGUACUGCCCCUCCACCCUCCUGACUGCCAGCGUCCCGCCCCGUCCCCUCCCAGCCCCCGGGGAGGAGGGGAGAACAGCGGCGAGGAGGGGGGUCGGAGGCCCAGACUUAUAAAGGCUGCUGGACCCGCGCUACCCGCCAGACCCCGCCGCCCGGAUCCCCGGCUCUGCCUGUCGCCCCACGUGACCGCGCUACUAAGCUUGGUCGCCAUGGCCCUGCUCCAGGCCCUCUUCCUAGCGCUCCUCGCAGGUGCCCACGCCGAGCUCCCGGGCUGCAAGAUCCGGGUCACCUCCGCGGCUCUGGAGCUGGUGAAGCAGGAGGGGCUGCGCUUUCUGGAACAAGAGUUGGAGACCAUCACCAUCCCAGACUUGCAUGGCGCUAAGGGCCACUUCUACUACAACAUCUCGGACGUGAAGGUCACUCAGCUGCAGCUAAUAUCCUCGGAGCUCCACUUCCAGCCGGACCAGGACCUGCUGCUGAACAUCUCCAACGCAUCCUUGGGGCUGCACUUCCGGAGACAGCUACUCUACUGGUUCUUCUAUGAUGGGGGCUACAUCAAUGCCUCGGCCGAGGGCGUGUCCAUCCGAACAGGUCUGCAGCUCUCCCAGGAUCCAACAGGUCGGAUUAAAGUGUCCAAUGUCUCCUGCGAGGCCUCUGUGUCUAAAAUGAACAUGGCCUUCGGGGGAACCUUCAGGAGGAUUUAUAACUUUUUCUCCACGUUCAUCACUUCUGGGAUGCGGUUCCUCCUCAACCAGCAGAUCUGCCCUGUGCUCUACCAUGCUGGGACGGUGUUACUCAACUCCCUCCUGGAUACGGUGCCGGUGCGCAGCUCUGUGGAUGAUCUGGUUGGGAUCGAUUAUUCCCUUCUGAAGGAUCCCGUGGUCUCCAACGGCCAUCUGGAUAUGGAAUUCCGGGGAGCAUUCUUCCCUCUGAAGGAGGACAACUGGAGUCUCCCCAACCUGGCAGUGGAGCCUCAGCUGGAGGAUGACGAGAGAAUGGUAUACGUGGCCUUCUCUGAGUUCUUCUUUGACUCUGCCAUGGAGAGCUACUUCCAGGCUGGCGCGCUGCAGCUGACACUUGUUGGGGACAAGGUGCCAAGUGAUCUGGACAUGCUUUUGAGGGCCACCUACUUUGGGAGCAUUGUUCUCCUGAGCCCGACAGUGAUUAACUCCCCACUGAAGCUGAAGUUAGAGGCCAUGAGCCCUCCACGUUGUACCAUCAAGCCGUCAGGCACCACCAUCUCUGUCACCGCCAGCGUCACCAUCACCUUGGCCCCGCCCAUGCUGCCUGAAGUGGAGCUGUCCAAAAUGAUCAUGGAAGGCCGUCUCAGUGCUAAGUUGACGCUCCGGGGCAAGGCUCUGCGAGCGAAGCUGGACCUUCGGAGGUUUCAAAUCUACUCGAAUCAGUCUGCACUGGAGUCUCUGGCACUGAUCCCACUGCAGGCCCCACUCAAGACGCUGCUACAAAUUGGAGUGAUGCCUUUGCUGAACGAGCGUACCUGGCGUGGGGUACAGAUCCCCCUCCCUGAGGGUAUCAACUUCGUGCGUGAGGUGGUGACCAACCACGCAGGCUUUGUCACGGUUGGGGCUGACCUCCACUUUGCCAAAGGUCUUCGAGAAGUGAUUCAGAAGAACCGUCCUGCCUAUGACGUUGUCCCUUCACCCUCCGCUGCAGCUGCCUGAACCCCUCACCUGAUGGGCACCUGGCGUUCAGGAACUGAAUGAACUGCGUCUUCUCGGCACCCCCUACCCACCCCUUCCCAUCUGCAGCCUUAGUGGUCCCGGUGUCACAGAGCAGAGCCCAGCUGGAAGUUAUGCCCGAUUUAAUUCCAUAAUCAGUCAACCAUCAAUUACAAUCCAUCGACCCCUC